ACACCAUGGAAGGUGACUGUCUGAGCUGUGUGAAGUACCUGAUGUUUCUUUUCAAUUUCUUCAUUUUUCUGGGUGGGGCCUGCCUGCUGGGCAUCGGCAUCUGGGUCAUGGUGGACCCUACCGGCUUCCGGGAGAUCGUGGCUGCCAACCCCUUGCUCAUCACAGGCGUCUACAUCCUAUUGGCCAUGGGAGGCCUGCUUUUUCUGCUCGGCUUCCUGGGCUGCUGUGGGGCCGUCCGUGAGAACAAGUGUCUGCUGCUGUUUUUCUUCCUGUUCAUCCUCAUCAUCUUCCUGGUGGAGCUCUCAGCAGCCAUCUUGGCUUUCAUCUGCAGGGAAAACCUCACCCGUGAAUUCUUCACCAAGGAGCUCACCAAGCACUACCAGGGCAAUAAUGACACAGAUGUCUUCUCUGCCACCUGGAACUCGGUCAUGAUCACAUUUGGCUGCUGUGGGGUCAACGGGCCUGAAGACUUUCAGUUUGCAUCAGUGUUUCGACUCCUGACUUUGGACAGUGACGAGGUCCCGGAGGCCUGCUGCCGGAGGGAACCCCAGACUCGGGACGGAAUCCUGCUGAGCAGAGAGGAAUGCUUCCUGGGGAGGGACCUGUUUCUGAACAAGCAGGGCUGUUACACGGUGAUCCUCAAUGCCUUCGAAACCUACGUCUACCUGGCCGGGGCCCUCGCCAUAGGGGUGCUAGCCAUCGAGCUUUUCGCCAUGAUCUUUGCCAUGUGCCUCUUCCGGGGCAUCCAGUAG